CCAACACUAGUCUUCGUUGUCUUGUGGAAAAGGUUGGGUGAUAUUUUUCGAUUUAACUUACUUCGCGCUGCUUCAUUGCUUCUUCCGACUAAUAACUACGAAUCAGAGUUGACGAGAGGCGCUUGCUGAGCGGGCGCUCCUGGAAAUUCAAAAGACUGAAAACCGUAAACCCCCAUUCUCCCAAUAGGAAUCAAAAUAUAUCGCUGCACCAAAGCACCUGCACUGAGACGUGGAUCGGGGAGAGGUGUGUGUGCAUCGCGAUUUCUAAUCACUCGCAAGACUUUCUUCCACAAAAAGUAAACCGAAAAGAGCCCGAGGCCCAGCCAUUAAGAACUGUGCCACCGUUUACCCCCAAAAACGCCGUCCAAUUCCGUAAGCCGAGCAGGCAAAUAUAAUUAAAUAACAGGGAGAACACAGAGACAGACACAUAGAGAGAGAUAGACAGAUAGAGAACUGGGGCACCUGGCGGCGGGCAGGGCGUUUUUUCAGAGUUUCGCUUUGAAUCUGGACAACGAAGACGACAAGACCGAACCAUAACACCCAACCAUGAAUGGACAGGCACCGAGCGUAGGCGCCUCCAAUCUGGAUCUAUACAUUACGCACCUGGACCACGUAGGCCCGUACCUGAAGGUCUACGGCCAGGUCAACCAUGAUGCCGCCAUCCUCGUCAGCAAGGGCAUCGAGCAGGUGCUGCCCGCCUGCUUCAGCAUCGAACCCAGUUGGAGUGUGGAGCGACAGCAGGCUCUGCUCAUAUCCGGCGUCAUCUGCGCCUACAAGCGGACAAAUGGUCCUGCUCCCGGCGAUGUGGACUACAUGAGGGUCCGUGUGAUCUCCGCGGAGCUCGAGGGCCAACAAAUGCGCGCGGAGAUUGAGUUCUUAGACUAUGGCUUCAAGCGCACAGUCAAGGGCAAAGAUUUGAUAUUCCCCAAGACGCCAAAACUUAUGCAGAACAUUCCGCUGCUCUGCUCCCAGUACAUAGUCCUGGGCAUCUGCCACGACUGGGGCCAGGGCGAUCUGGGGAUUGUUCACCAAUUGAUUGUCAAUCAGACCGUUAAGUUGGCCAUCGAUGCCACGCAAAUAUGUGGCCAGAAAUUUGCCAGCCUGCGCUGGAAGGACUUUCGGCUGGACGAAUUUCUGGUGCAGCAGCGGAAAAUCGGUGCCCCAGUGGCCAAGCAACUAAUGCUGGAUCACUGCCGCAAGUUGUGGAAGGAUGCGCCGCAGACGCCACUUGCGGAGCAUAAUAAUAACACCAUAUACAGCAACUCAAUGACUCCGACGGACAUUGCACGGGAACAGCUGGCGUCGCGCCGAUCCCUGUCCGCCCGCCUCGAGGCUCAGCGCUCGGUUCAGGUGACAUCACCACCAAGGCCGCUAAAUGCAGAGGCCGCCGAAUAUGCGCCCAAACAGACUCCGCUAGCCAAUGUGACAAAUGUACAGAUGCUAUCGCAAGGCCUGGCCAAUACUCAGAAGCCGGCCUACGUGCCGGCCAAUCCUUAUAAUCGUGCCAAUUAUCAGCCCGCAGCGCCGGCUGCUCAACCUUAUGUGCCCAAGGCCUCCGCCACGCCCCGAUACAAUUACUAUAAUGUCCGGCUGAAUCAGCCGGCCCCACAAAAGGUGGUGCCCCUCAAUAACCAUCUGGUGAACUACCCACAGAUGAGUUAUGCCCCCGCACGCUUUACUCCGCCGCCCACGCCAACGGCGUCGGGACACAGGACCCAGCAACGCGCCAUUCCGGCCUUCAGGACCACCAGCUUAACCGUGGGCCUCACCUACGACGUCUACAUGAGCUAUGUUGAGAACGCCGUCCACUUGUUCUGGGUGCAAUUGAAGAGCAGCCUGAACGAUUUGACCGCCAUGAUGGGAAAGAUUGAGAAAACUCACUUGAAGCCGCUGUUGCAGGCUCCAGAAAUCGGAUCGGCAUGCGUCGCCCGCUUUGCAGAUGAUGGUAACUUGUAUCGCGCUCUGGUAAGCGGCAUCAGUGGGCAGCGUUUCCGUGUGGUCUACGUGGACUAUGGAAACUCGGGACUGCUGCUUAUUAGCGACCUCUUCCAAAUACCCGCCGAGCUGUUGGAGAUUAAGCCGUUCGCUUAUCGGUUCGCCUUGGCCGGAACCAAGGAGAUCGAACCCAUAGACGAGAGCAUGAGGAGGAUCUUUAAAGAACUGUGCACCUAUAGGAACUUUCAGCUGACUGUGCAUGCGCCAGAGAGCGUUGGCGCCAUGCAGACCUGCCACCUCAUGCAGAAUGGCUUUAAUAUGCUGGAGAAGCUCCGGCAGAUGAAGAACACGCGCCUGUCGUACACCAAAGCGGAGCAGCUCCAGAACGACGAUGAAGUAGAGAUCCGUUACAUUGAUUCGCCGAGCAACUUUUAUGUCCAAAAGGUGGUCAAUGUGGAGAAGUUUGGCAAGCUGAUGGAUGAAAUGUUCUCCUACUACAAUGCCAACCAGAGGGUGCCCGAACAAUUGAUCCUGGGAGCACCGUGCAUGGUGCGCUGCGACCAGGAAUGGUAUCGUGCCGAGGUCCUGCGUGUGGAUGACACUGUGAUCGUACGCCACGUGGACUUUGGCUACGAGCAGGUUGUGAAACGCCACUGCAUUGGUAACAUAGCCGAGAAGCAUCUCGAAAUGCCGCGUCAGGCAGUCAAGUGCUGCCUGAAGGGUUUCGAGAACAGCGAUCUGGGCAAGGAUAAGAUCACCGAUCAGUUUGAGAUGCUGGCCGAAGACUCGAACAUUCAGCGUCGCACCUUUAAUGUACGCGUCUUCCGCAUCGAACCCGACGGCCUCACUGUGGUGAAUCUGAUAGCCAAGAACCUGAAUGUGAUGAAGAAGCUGUACAAGCUCUCGAUGCCCUUUGAAAAGUACCUGACGCUGGAGAAGGGACACUUCAAUACCACGCACACCGAGUCGAUAGUUUCAUCGGAGCUGGACAAGAGCAACGUUUUAAACUCCACCAGCAUUGUGGAGAUUGUCGAUCGCGUGCCUUCUAAGGAGAAGCAGCAGAAGCAACUCAAGGAUCCUGUUCUUGAUUCUGGAAAAGGAAACAGCAAGACUUCGGGUGACUGGGACAAGCGCAGCUCCACAUCGGCCAGCUCCAAGGACAGCAGGCGCCAGCAGCAGCAGCAGCAGCAACCGAAUGAGAGAUUUGAUCGACAUCUGGAUUCCAGCUUUGAUACCCAAAGCAUAAGCAGCUACGUUAGUGGCAUAAGUUCGCCCCGCAAGGGUAAACGCCAGCAGAACGGACGCCUGCAGACUCAGUCUCCAAAGUUGCAGAAUGGAAAGCAAGAGGCGAAUAAAAAUACUCGCUUUAGCCAGAACGAAUCGCCUCGCAAGACUCAAGAUGACCAGCAGAAGAAUCAGCGAUCGCAAAACGCACCCCAGGGCUUUGCCCAGAAGCCGCAGAGACAAAAGUCCACAUUGGACGGCAACGCCGUCAGCUCCUCGAAGCGUUCUAGCGGCGUGGAGAGCGAUGCUGCCUCCUCCUCCACUGAAUCCAAACCGGAAAAGUAUGUGCCCCUGGACAAGCCGUAUGUACAGCCGGAGAUUAAAACUCCCAGCAAGGAGGCGGCCAGUCUGUCCUGGUGGGUCUCGCCCUUCCAGUUCUACAUUGUGCCCAAGAGUCUGGCUGCCAAGUACGAUGGUGUUCUCCGCGAGAUGCGACAGUUCUAUCGCCAGAAGCAGCAUCAGCCCCUCCAGCUGAAGGUCGGCUCCACAGUGGUGGUGCGCCAGCGCAAGGAUAACGCCAUCCUGCGCGCCACGAUCAUCGGUUGUAAUCACAUGAUACGCAAAUAUCGUGUCUUCUGCGUCGACACUGGCAGCCUGAUCACGGUCACCUCGGAGGAUGUAUGGCCGCUGGAGCAGCGAUUUGCAGAUAUACCGUGCCUGGCCCAACGCUGCACUUUCGACAGCGUGGUGGCCAACUAUGAUCCCCUGUACAUUGUGGAUCGGAUGGAGAAGUAUGUGCCGGUCAAUGCCAUGGUGGAGUGCGAAUUUCUGUAUAAGGAGAGGAUAGGCAACAAUCAUGGCAGCCAAAAUGGAUGUACCUACACCAUAAAUAUAUUUGUGAACGGUGUCUCUCUGCAGAAAACGCUGAUCAAGGCAGAGUUACUCAGUGAGGUGGCUCCAGAGGUUCGUGUGCGUCUUCUGGCAGGACAACAGAUCAGGGGCAGGUUCAGUUUCAUUCGGGACAUGACCAGCUUCAAGGUUCAACUGGACUACUGUGACUAUGUUAACUUUAUGUGCAGCUAUGACGAUGCCAAGUUCGUCAAAUCAAAUCCGGAUUUGGCCAGACGCUUUAAGGAGUUCUACGAGGGAAAAUCCUUUGCCUUUAAUAUCAAAAAUGUCUGCGAAAAUAAUAUCAUUUACCUGCGCCCUGUGAUGCCGCUCUUCAUGGAGGAUCGUAAGGCAUUUAUUUGUCCCUAUCCCGUGGUGCUGAGCUCUUUCCAGGCGCUAGUGGCUUUCACCUCAAAGCCCUACCGCAUCUUCGUCCAGAAUCUGUCCACAGAUGGUACCAUUAACAACCUACUGGAUGACAUGUAUGAGUUCUACGAGACCCAGGGUGUUCCCCUCAAGAAAUACGAAUCGGGGCAGAUCUGUGCCGCGCGCAGUUCCGAUAACAAUUGGUAUCGAGCACGAAUCUGUGGCAGAGAUUCAACGGCAGCAAGCACCGAGGUCUUCUACAUUGAUUAUGGCAACACAGAGUUGGUAAAACGCGAGGAUAUUCGGGCAUUGGACGAUAAAUUCUUCGAGAGCAGUAGUGGCUUCGCCAUCGAGGUCAACUUACCCAUUGGACGGCCCAACGAUGCUGAUAAGCUGAAAACUCGUGUUGCUGAACUCCUUGAGGCUAAAGCGGUUACUAUCAAAGCUAUUGAGGUACGACGAAAUCAUCUCAUCGCCGAUGUCUUCAUGGAGAACGAUGAAAGUGUGGUGGAAAUACUCAAGGCAGAGAAGCUCAUUCCAGGCAGGGAUCUGGAUUACAUGCGCAAGCAACUAGAAAAGGGAAAGUCCCGAAUUUACGAGUACAUUGAAACGGUAGACUUGACUUCGGAUGAUGAGGAGGAAAAGCGACGCAGCAGCAAGUUGAGCUCGCCCAAAAAGAAGCAACAAAACGACAGGGAGCCCAAAAAGACAAAGCCAGUUGCUGCGCCGACUCCUUCACCAGCGACUGCGCCUUCGCCAGUGCCAGCUAAAGCCCCCACACCGAUUCCAGUGGAUCCUAAGCCAGCUUCUCCAGUUCCUGUGGCUGUCAAGGAACCAGAACCCAAGACAGUUGUUCAACCACAGCCAGAACCACAGCCUGAGCCCGAGCCGGAGUCUGUUCAAAAGCCCGUUAAGAUCACUCCUCCCGAGGAGGAUCCCUUCAAAGACAUGGAAAAGGCGGUGCUUAGCCACUGUGACAAUCCGGCCCACUUCUUUGUCCACCCCGUCGACCGGCUGCCGGAGGUGAAUCGGCUUCAGGAAAAUCUCCAGAUUGUCUCGCCCUCCCUGCCCCAACUGAGGAAUGUGGUGAAUGGUGCUGACUGCAUCUCCUUGUACUCCGUGGACAAGAACUGGUAUCGCUCCAAGAUUAUCGACGCUGAGUUGAUGGUGCUGCAGUUCGUGGACUUUGGCAACACGGACUGUGUGUCGGACACAUCGGAUGUCAGGGAGAGUAUGUGGUCACAUAUCGAACCCUUCUGCGUGCCCUGCGCCCUGCCCAUCAGGCCCAAGAACACCGCCGACUGGGUGGAUGCGGCAAAUGGCAUCUUCAACGAAUCAUACACAAAGCAUAUCCGCUACGAAUACCUCACCCAGGGCGACCACCAGACGGUUAGCUACGUGAACUUGUUCAUUGAUGGGGAGGAUGUCGCCAAGAAGCUCAUCGCCGAUGGCUUUGCCUUGCCGCUGGAGUACGUGGCCAGCGGCUGCACUUGCUACAUUUCGCAUGUUAACGGCAUAUGCGACUUCUACAUCCAGUUGGAGCGGGACUCCAAGGCGCUGGAACUGAUUGAGAUGUUCCUGCGGGACGAGGAGAAGCUAAAGCCGCUGGAGAAAUUCGAAAAGGGUGCCAUUGUGGCGGCCCUCUUUGAGGACGACGAGCUGUGGUAUCGUGCGCAGUUGCUGAAGCAACUUCCGGAUUCCCGCUAUGAGGUGCUUUUCAUUGAUUACGGGAAUACUUCCACCACGUCCAAGUGCCUGCAGCUCUCCGAGGAGAUUGCCAAACUGCCCAGCCUUUCGAAGAAGUGCUCACUGCAGCUGCCGGAAGAUUACACAUCCUGGUCACCGGAAGCGGAGGCCAAGUUCGCCGAGCUAACCGGCGAGGGAGAGCUAAUAUUCACUACGCAGCUGGUGAAGCCCGGUCAGGAUCAUGUCACUAUACAACUUUUGCUGGACGGCGAGAAUAUUAACGAUCGCCUGCUGCCGCUGUGUCCGCGCAAGGAACCGAAGGCUGCCAGCAAGGAGUCACUAACCGAGGGCUCCUCUCCAAAAACCAAAGCUGUCGUCACCCACGUUGGGAGCCCAACUGAGUUGUAUCUGCAGUUUAGCGAAAAGGAACCGUUGCUGGAAAUCAUUAUCGAGAAGCUCAAUGAUGGCACAUUGCAGCCCAAGAAGGAGAAGGGACAGCUGGACGAGUUACUUGUGGCUCAAUAUGACGAAGACAUGGAGUUUUAUCGCGUUCGCAUCUUGGAGGUACUGGACGAUGACAAAUACCGCGUCAUCUUCAUUGACUAUGGCAACCCCUCGGUAGUGGACAAGCUUUACGAUAUGCCAGAGGAGUUCAAGACCAUUCCAGCGAUUGCUGAGAUCUGCCGUAUAGAAUCCUGUGCUGAUUUUGAGAAGAACAAAAAACUUACCCAGGUAAACAUCCAAGCGCUGCUGGACUGCUGCAAUGGUGAUGUUGUGGUGGAGUUCAUAGACAAGUCAGUGAGCCCCGCAUUGGUUAGACUGACCACCAACGAUAAGAAGGGCCUGAACAUCUGCGAGCAGCUCCAGAAGGUGCUCAAGACAGAGCUGACCAUCAUCCAGAAGCGGAAUGAGAACUCGGAGUGCGUCAUUUCGCACGGCAACUCACCCAAGAGCUUCUAUGUCCAGCUGAAGAACAAUUUGCCGGAAUUGGAUGUGAUUGUUAAGACCCUACGGGCUCUAAGCAAGGACCACCUGCAGGUAUUUAAGGCUCCGCCGAAGGACUACAAUGGUAUUUGCUACUCCCAAGAAGAUGCCUGCUUCUACCGCUGCAGCGUCAAGUCGUCUCUGGAGGAUCACAAAGGCUAUGAGGCCUUUUUGCUGGACUAUGGCAACACCAUAACCGUGCCGGAGAUUUGGAAAUUGCCCCAGGGAAUUGAACAGAUUGAACCGCAGGCGCUGCAUUGCCAGCUGAGCGAACUGCCCGCCGAUGUGCCCGAUGAGAAACUGGAACAGGCCUUUGUCGCCCUGCUAGAACAACACUUUGGAGAGGUUUACCAGAUAACCACUCAGCCAAGGGAGGAUGAAUCGAAGCCUCUGUUGGCUAAGCUUUGCAUAAACUAUAAGGACUUUGCCCAGGAGCUGGCUAGCACAGUGGCCGGAGUGCAGAAGCCACUGGAAGCGGAGCUGCAUAACUGCUUUGUGGUGCAGUACGAUGGCCCCACCUCCUUCUAUGUGCAGAUGGAGAGCGAGGUGCCAGAGCUGGAGAAGAUGACGGAUAAGCUGCUGGACGCGGAACAGGACUGGCCCGUUUUCAGCGACCUCAAGGAGGGAGCCCUGUGCGUGGCCCAGUUCCCCCAGGACGAGGUCUUCUAUCGCGCCGAGAUAAUCAAGGUGCUGGAAGACAACAAGUGCGAGGUGCACUUCAUAGAUUUUGGUAACAACGCAUUGACUCAGCAGUUCCGCCAGCUGCCCGAGGAGCUGGCAAAGCCGAAGCGUUUUAGCAAACACUGCGAGCUGGAGGCGGCCACCAUAAGCAAGUGCGAUGUGGCCCAGUUGCAAACGUUUAUCGACACGCGCUGCUCCGAGACAUUCCAGGUGGAAAUACUGGCCACCAAGGGCGAGGGCACCAAUGUGGUGCGUCUCUUCUACCAGAGCACGAACAUCACCGAGAAGCUGCAGAGCCUGCAGCAGGAGGAGCCCUAAACUGGAGGGGCAUCCUGCGGCAGAUCGUGAUUAGUUUGGCCAAGCAAGAGCCGUAUUAUCGAGUAAGUUGACCGAGUUGAACUUACUCAAAGCAUGGAGCAGGAGAAGGAGGAUACCUCACGGAAUAAGCUUCAUUGAUUUUUCAUGGAAAACCAAAAUGAAUGCUUGAAAUACGUUUUAUUUAAUCAACACAGAUCAGAUACGGUAAACAUUUAACCAUAUUAUCACCAAACAAAAAAAGAAAAAAAAAAAAU